GGUGUCUUUCUCAUAGCCCGCUUGCUUCACUCGUAGACAUCGAUAGGAUUAUACGCAGCUCUUCAAAUUCAGACAACAACGACGCUCCUUCCUCGCAGACGAUGAGGACGCCGCCGGAAGCAGGCCCUUCCCGCCUUACAGCUCCUAUUGCCGGAGACGGUGCUGCGUCGACCCUGACUUCAGGCGCCGAGUUGCUGCCCAAGUCCUGGCGACAGACGCUGCCGGAAGACCAGCACGACUGGGUGGGCCGUGCGCUUUUUGUCCGAGGUCCCAAUGGGAAAGCGGUUCUCAAGUCCAGACUGCAGCUAUGGUGGCAUCCUCCUCAGAAGUUGCCGUAUUACACGCAGCCCCCUGCCUCGUCCUCUGUGUUUUUCCACUCGCGCUUUUUCCUGUGGUGCCCGUACAAGCUAUGGGUCUGCAAGCUUGAGUGCCCAAAAUGCAAGCACAAGCUGACGGGUUGCGGACUAUACAAGACCCUGAGAAAGGUCUUGGACCUCAGUGACUGGUACUACAUGGCCACAGAGUACCUGGAGUGCCACGCGUGCCACAAGAAGUAUGCCGCAUGGGCCAGCAACAUCGUCAUGCAGCUGAGCACGGCAAAGCAGGCGGAGUUCCCGGCAAUCCUCACCUACAAGUCAUCUUGUGACAAGAAGGUCAUAUGGCAGAUGCAGGCUCGCACGCAGGGUAACAGUGCCACUCGGCUUCGCUCCCACCUGGUAGCGGAGCACUCGCGAGAGUGGCAGACUCGGGCCCUCGGCUACCUGGAGGUGAUGGAUCGCUUUCGCUCCGUCUGCUCCUUCCCGCUGCCGAGGGCCUGUAUCCCGCCCAUGCGUCCACUACCGAGCGUUUCCUGGCUGCUGUCAGUGUACGUGAGGGAGGUUCUUCCUCGCAUGGAGCACACGAAGGCCAGGAUUACGUCUACAUUCGGAAGUAUCCUGAAAAUUGACUCCACCAAGAAGAUGACCAAGAAGCUGGCAGGUGAAGCCGCGGGAACGGCUGCCUGGGUCACCAAUGUCGGCAACGAGCUGGGCCAGGUGCUCAUGUCGGUGCUGACGGCGGCAGAGGGGGACGGUCUGCUGGCCAUGGCCCAGGGACUCAUGCGCCGUUACCGGGAGGCCGGGCGAGACCCUCCUCACGUGCUCUACGUGAACCGUGACUGCUGCUGCUCUGCCGCCGGACAGCCUAAGGUGGCGGCUAUGUUCGGCGAGUGGGACCGGUUGGUCGUGCGCCUGGACGCGUGGCACCUCAUGUGCCGCUUUGCCAGGGGCCUUUCCACAGAGGCCCACACGCUCUAUGGCGAAUUCAUGAAUAGACUCUCGUUUGCCAUGUUUGAGUGGGACGAGGGGGACGUCAGGCGUCUGAGAAGGGCUAAGCAGGCGGAGCAUGGCGGGAAUGCUCACAUCGAGCUGUCGACCAAGGAGCUGCACCGUCACUGCCGCCGGCGCACCAGAGGAGCGGAGGAGACCACGCGUCUUGUCCAGGAGGUGCUGGAUCACCUGUGGGAUGCCAAAAACACCUUGGGCGUCAAGCUGUUUGACCAAGACAGGAUGAGGGAGAUCUGGAGCACUCAGCGACGCCACUUGGGCUGCAUCCAGGACCCGCCUGGCGUGGCGCUUUAUACCAGGACUUCAACAGUGACAAGAGGAGGGGUGGCUCUUCCCGUCUUCCGCUGUGCACGGGGCUCUACUUCUCUGGAGAGCUUCCAUCUGCACUUGUGUCGUUUCAUUCCAGGUACAUCGGCCAACGCCCUCCAUUUCCAGGUUUACCUCCUGGAGGGUCUGUGUAGGUGGAACGAGGACAGAGGAAGAGCGGCGGUGAAAGGGACCGAUGCUGUCAUGGUGCAGUGUUACGACGCCACCCUGCAAGACGCCCUCGCACAGCUGACACAAGAGCUCAUGGGUAUCACCUUGGUUGACAAUUACACCCCGGCGAGCAAGUACACAGGAGAGCUUAUUGGUAUCCAGUACCUGUAUGCCCAGACUGGCGCCGUGCUGCAGUCCCACGCCGUGGAUGAUCCGGACCGGCCCGACUCAGCUGACCUGAAAGACCAGGAGGACGAAGACCAAUUCGAGAGUUAUGAGGGUUACGAUGACGCCCCAGUGGGAAUCGAGCAGUAUCCAGGUGACCGUGAUUCCUUCAUGACUCGGCCUCCCGAUGAUGAGCCGGCGGAAGAAGAAGAAGAUGUGUUAGGUCCAGACGGGCACGGAGGAUACCAGCAUGUCUGUCGCUUGGCCACUGCCCUUGUUGCGCUGCGGCGCCAAAUGUUUGUGCAGCCUCAGCGGGAGAGGCAGAUUAUCGAACUUUGGCAAAAGCUGACAGACGGAGACAAAGCUCCUCUCAGCCUUCCUCCACGCCACACUCCCAAGCUGAACAAGAGACGCUUUAAGGUCUCCAGGCAGCACCACUUGGAAGGGGUGGCCAGUGUAAAACGUUUGUGCAUCGGGCGGGGCGCCGAGGUUGCACACUUUCCGGACAGCAGCAGGUUGAUGGAGGCCGUCUUUAUUCAGCUGUUGAGCCACCACAGGCAAGAGCACAGCAUUUCGGGGUUCCGGCAGAGCCGAUGGUCGCUAAUAAUGCGGGACUACACGCGCAUUCGCGAGAACCUGUCCAGCAACCGGGCCUUCAAAGUUGCUGGCUGCAGCAUUCGCCUCAUGGAGGUCAACCACUGCACGCUCACUCAAUGGUUCAACAAGAGGUGUAAGGACAUGCCGAUGUUGUUGCGACAGUGCCAGCACAAAGUGCAGCAGCGACAACGACACAGUCCCUUCCUGCAUGCAGCCAGGGAACUGAUGGAAGACGUCGCACAACCCCAUGAUGCGCACGAUUAUCAGCACCCAGGUGACACCUCUGGCCUGGCUUGCACACGGAGGGGGCCUGUGGUGCCAGAGCUCUACCGUGCUGCUGCUGCUCCUCCCUCCUCUGCUGCUGCUGCUCCUCCUGCUCCAUCCGCCGCUGCUGCUCCUGCUCCAUCUAUCGCUGCUGCUCCUGCUCCUGUUCCAUCCGCUUCUGCUGCUGCUCCUGCUCCAUCCACUGCUGCUGCCGCCACAUCGGGCUCCACCACUAGGAUACCACGCUCAACAGCCUGGUAUAGGAAAAAGAAGGCACUCAGCCGAGGUGGUAUUAUGGACGCCCCCUCCGCCCAAGCGACUUUCAGGUGCAAACUCUGUAGGCAACCAAAGAAUAAGGAGCAUGGCCACAGUCGCUACAGAAACGAAACCUUUUGCGCACGUUCGCAGGGGCGUUCGGUGGAGGAGUGGCUGGCUGAGAAGAGGAGACAGGACACCCAAAGACAGAGGCAGACCCAGCACACAAGAGCAACCCAGCCACUUGCUUUUCCUGUGCCCAACCCACACACCCCUGUACCCAACCCACACGUCCCUGUACCCAACCCACACGCCCCUGUACCCAACCCACACGCCCAUUCAACGCUGCUGCUGCGGAAGAUUUUGCCAAAGCCACCUCCGUAACCAUAAUUGGCCCUUUGUUUUUUGCAUUUUCCCUUUUCUAGUGCUGUAAAUACUCUGUAACUACUUUGUAUAUGACUUUUUGCAUUGUAUAGUUUUGUAUUAUGUUGUAUAUUAUGUAUUGUCUUAUAUGUUGACGUGGAAGUUAAACACUUGAUGUUGAUUUUAAUAAUUGUUUGCAUUGCAUUCUUUACUGGCAAUUAUUAUAUUUGUAAAUCAAUCGUGAAAAUAUAUUUAAAUGUAAAUAAAAUCGCGUAUACCGAGGGCGGGGAGGACGUGAACGCCUCGGCGCCCCUUGCUGCGAGGAGAGCUAUAUCGCCGUGCGGUGGGUGCAGCCUCCGGGGGAUGCGGCACACCGAGCACGCGAGGGCAUGUACGAGAAGACGCCGCACGUAUGUCCCCGCAGAAACCGACACGGUAGAAACAUCGCAGGUGAUACCACACUGAGGAAAGUGCAGCCGUCAAGGGGGCCUGACGAACGGGCGGGACUUUGUCGUCGUCAUUAUUCACUGUCAUUGUUCUAUUGUGCACAUAACAAUGUUGUUCUUGUUUAGCAUUCAUAUAUGCCAUUAAGACUGAGUAAUUCGGUGCAGCCCUUUAAGUGACCGUCAAAGGUGGGGCUUUGUU